AUGCGCGGAGCUCUCAGCUCUGUGAAGCAGAUUGCAGGUUCGAAGGUUACGGCUGCCGAUGGCUCGGAGUGGCAGAUUCUGGCAGGGAAGACUGCCGAAGACAACGACCGCCUUUCCCUCAAGGAGAUAAGAGCUGACAAGCUGCCAGCGCCGAGCGAGGUUGUGCGAACCGCCGCAGGCAUCGCCGCCUUCUACUCGAAGGCCAAAGGGAGGCGCGUGAAGGUGCACCUGACGCGCUGCGGGCAAGUCAGCAAGGCCAAAGGAUCGCCGGCUGGCAAGGUGCUGCUGUCGGGCAGCGUGGAGACCCUGCAAGUGUCGCCCUUGGAUCCGGCGCGUUUGCGGAAGCCGCAGAAGCCGGAGAAGCGGAAGAGCAGCCAAGCCAAGAGAGCGCUCCUGGAUCCGGAGAAGGAGGCAGCGCGACUGGAGAGCCUCCGAGCCUUUCGGAGGAAGAUGAACCUGGAACGUCGGAUCGACGUCCUGGACGAGAGGAUCCGCGCCGUGGAUGAGGAGAUGGCCCUUGCUGGCAGCGAUGCCGAGCUGGCAGCCGAGCUACUGGAGAAGCGGCAG